AAAACUGCUAUUGAUGGGGGCCAAUGUCAAUCUUCAAGGUAAAUAUACCACACCAUUGACGGCAGCAUGCGAGAGUGGUCAUAUUAGUGUUGUGAAGGAGCUGCUAGUGGCUGGGGCUGAAGUCAAUCUUCGAGCUAUAUAUAAUAAACCACUGACAGCAGCAAGUGAGAAUGGGCUUAUAGAUGUAAGCAAGGAACUGCUAAUAUCUGGGGCUGAAAUUACUCAACUUGGUAAAUUUAAUACUCCGCUGACAACAGCAUGUAAAGGUGGAUAUACAGACAUAGUGAGAGAACUGUUGAAGGCAGGUGCCGAUGUUAAUCUACCAGGGGAAUUUAAUUUAGAAAAAAUAGCAGUAUCUAAAAGGGGCCAUUUUCAAAUGUCAAAGGAGGUGGCAGAAGCAUGGAAGUAUUUUGCAAAACUGCGUAGAUGUAAUACACCCUUGAUAGCAGCAUGUAACGCUGGUCAUAUAGAUGUAGUGAACGUUCUCAUCAAGGCUGGCGCUGAUGUCAAUCCACAAUCAGGAUAUAAUACACCGCUGAUAGCAGCGUGUGAAGGCGGAUAUUUAAGUCUAGUAAAUAAACUACUAGAUUCAAAGGCUGAUGCUAAUCUAAAAAGUGGAGGUACUUUACCCCUUGUAGCAGCAUGUAAAGUUGGACAUGUCAGUAUAGUAAAGAAGCUGCUAAAGGGCGGUGCUGAGGUGAAUCCCCUAGACAUUAGUAAUACACCGUUAGAGACCGCAAGUGGUGGAGGAUAUAUGGAUGUAGUGAAGGAGCUUGUGGGUGCAGGAGCUGAUGUAAAUCUACGAUGUGGUAAUACCACACCAUUGGCAUCAGCAUGUCGGGGUGGACAUAUGGAGGUAGUGAUGGAACUUAUAAAAUCAGAUGCUAAUGUCAAUCUACGAGGUGACUAUGGAGGUGAUACACCUCUGAUAGAGGCAUGUGGAAGUGGAAGUAUGCGUUUAGUUGAAGAGCUGAUACAUGCUGGGGCUGAUGUCAAUUUACAUACUGAAUAUGAUUCGCCAUUAAAAGCUGCAUCGACUUGUGGACAUUUAAAUGUAGUCAAAGAACUUAUAAAAAUGGGGGCUGAAGUCAAUCCUCAGGGUAUCCGUAGCUCACCAUUGUCAGGGGCAUGUAGGGGAGGAUACAUAGACAUAAUGAAUACACUUUUAGAGGAGAGGGCUGAUGUCAAUUUUCAAGGUAUGCAUGGUUAUGCACCACUGAUAGAAGCAAGUGCCCAUGGGCAUUUGAACUUAGUUAAGAAGCUGCUCGAAGUGGGGGCUGAUGUUAACAUACACGCAGAUGGAUCAACACCACUAACAAAAGCAUGUGAAGGUGGACAUUUGAGUGUUGUAAAAGAGCUUUUAGAGGCGGGUGCUCAAGUUAAUCUGCGAGAUGAAUGUGAUUCACCACUGCUACAAGCAUGCCGAAAUGGAAAUACAAGUGUUGUAGAGAUGCUGCUUAAGGCAGGGGCUGAUGUCAAUAUUCAACAUGAUAAUGGUACACCAUUACUUAUUGCGAGUGAAAAUGGACACAUAAGUUUAGUCAAGGAGCUUCUGAAGGCAGGGGCAUAUGUCAAUUUUCAAGCUAAAAAUAAUACACCACUGACAGCAGCAUGCGAAGGAGGACAUUUUAGAGUAAUGGAGGAGCUGUUAGGCGCAGGUGCUGAUGUUAAUUUGCAAGAUUUAAAAGGAAGAACUCCUUUAUAUAUAGCAGUUUUAAAAUAUACUGUGACACUUAUGCCUAUUGUACAAAUGCUCAGUAAGUACGGUGCAGACUCAACUAUAUGCAAUAAAGAGGGCCUAUCAGCGUUGUAUAUUGCAUUAUUGAAAAACAGAUUCCAUGUUGUGCAGCACUUAUUUGAGACUGACAAUGAGUUUCUUUUGAAUAAAUUGAAGUUCCAUUUAUUUGACUGUUUGGUAAACAUACGACAAAGUGAUGUGAUGACUGAUAGUAAGGAUGAUGUGGUGGCGACACGGGGUAGAGUAUGGCGUAUGCGUAAAGAUGGCGAUUUGCAUAAUAUUAUCCAAGACAGUACUAGUAAUGUUUUCAGACAACUGUUUUGCCUGGGCAUGAAUGUGAAUCAAUGGAUAGAGCUGUAUCACCAUAAUUAUAAAACCCCUGAUGCGAUACCACUGCUAUUUACUGUGAUAGAUGGGGACUUUCUAAGGAUUGGGGACGGGGCAGAAAAAUUAAGGAUACUUAUAAGAUCUGGAGUGGACCUCAAUGUCAGAGUGAGAUUCAGAGUGAUCUAUUCUGUAAUAGACAAACAGGGCAUGUCAUUUUUAGAGAAGACACGACGAGAAGUGAUUAAGGUCCAAAAAAGUGAGGAAGCUGAAUUGUUUAAGUACAAAAGAGUUCUUAAUGAGACAAGGAAACAUGUGAGGCGAUACUCUCAGUGAUUAAAGUAGAACCCUUUAGUAUAUGAUGUUAAUUAAAUUGCUCUUAGAAGGUUUAUUUCUUUCAUCAACUGCCAUCACUUACCGCUUUUUUGUGUGUUUCACAAAAUCAGAGGAAUAUAUUUUUCGUUAGUUCUAAUAAGAACAUUCAUUUAUUGUUUGAAUUUGUCAACUUAUUUUAUUUGAUUUCGUUUGCUUUAUUAAAGUAUUAUUGCUAUACAAUGUUAUAUUUUUGUUGUGAUCUGCUCGGCAUGUCUUGUCCAGAGCAGUUUGAAUCCUGAAAUAGCUUUUUCAGGUGAAUGCAGUGUAAAAAGAUAACGAACAAUAAAUAAUCCCGGAAUUUAAGUAGCAACAAAAAUGAGC